AUGGAAAUGAUCAAACAGCAGUUUGCUGAGCAAGAAAGUCGAAUGUUGAGAGAAAAGCAAGAGGAAGAAGAACGUCGACAGAAAGAAAAACAAGAGGAAGAGAAUCGUCGACAGAAAGAUGAAGAACGACGGCAGAAAGAAGAGGAACGACGUAAAAUAGAAAAACAAGAGGAGAAAGAACAAAGAGAACAACAAAAAAUAUUCCUUGAACAGAUUUUUCAGAAAACCGAAGGAAUAAUUGUAUGCCUAAAGGAAGAAAUCAGUGCGGUACCAGAAGAUGUAAAGGAAGAAAUCGAUAUAGUUUGGAAAACGGUGAAAGGAAUGGAGGGAAAAAUAACACAAGAAGUUAGUGCGGUGCGAAAAGAAUUAGAGGAGAAAAUCGCAUCACUGAAAAUACAAAAGCAGCGUAACAGGGUUGUCACAUCAAAUAAUUAUCUCAAACCACCGAUUUAUGAUGGUCAAUCGCCAUGGUCCCUGUACCAUAAACAGUUCGAAGCGGUGGCAGCAGCCAAUGGAUGGAGCGAUCAGGAAAAGGCUACUGCACUCAUAGUGGCUUUGAGAGGACCUGCACUUGCAAUACUGCAGACUAUCUCAGAUGACCAACAUCGCAAGUAUGGUGAUCUCAUCGCGGCUUUAGAGUUGAGGUAUGGUAAUCAACAUCGGGAACAACUCUAUAGGACACAGCUUAAAACACGAGUACAGAAAUCUAAUGAGAGCCUGCAGGAAUUUGAAGCCGACGUUCAAAGUCUGAUCCAGCUCGCUUAUCCAGAGGCCCCGGAGGGUUUCAAAGAACAACUGGCGGUGCAAACAUUCAUUGAUGGCUUGAAAGACAUCGAAAUACAGAGGACUUUGAGAUUGACAAGUUUUAAAAGAUGUAGUGAAGCUCUAGUUCGCUCCUUGGAAGUGGAAGCGGCCUUCAAUAUCUCCACAAGGCCCAAAAUGAGAACGGUAUCAAUCGAAGAGUCUCCUCAGGAAGAUAAUCUGAGCAGGAGUAUAUCACAGGUGCUCAAAAUAUUAGAGAAAAUGGAAUCCAGAUAUAGUAGUGUCGCCAGCCAACCAAGAAGAAAUUGCUUCAGAAGUGGGUGGAGCGGAUAUUUCAAGAGGGACUGCAGGGUGAGGGUACCACCUCGCUUGUCAUCACCUACCAGAACACCUCCACGAUCAUACUCACCUGCGAGGACAGAAACAUCUAGAGAGUCUUCAAACGGGUACCUGGAAAACUUAAAUUAG